UCAAUAAAGUAAUAUCUUAUCUGAUCUUAUCUUAUUUGGCUCCAGAGUGAGCCAUCUGCUGAAAUAGAAGAUCUCUGUCCCUGUGAGUCAUGUGACGCACACUACGCUUUCUCCCAUACGUCAUCACGCACGGAGCAACAGGGACUAAAGUGAGAUGAAUUUGAAGCGGAAUGAGUCGAGCGCGUGAGAACAACUCUCAGAAACCUCUCUAAAGUUGCAGCUCAGCUCCAGGUUACAAAGUGGACACGUUGACACUUUGUUUACAAUGGUCCCCAUUCAGAGAGGCUAAUGCAACGUUGGCAGCAGCAGACAGACAGGAGCCGGAUCAUGACUCUGGGCACUGACUCCUGCACCACAGCAGAAGAUGGAGUUGAGAGCGACCUGGAGCAGCGGCGGCCUCUCAUUCUGGAGAGAGUCCCAAAGAAGAAGGAGAGAAACUGGAGAUCUGAAGUGUUACACCGGGUGAAGAAAUGCUGCUCGUGCACCCCGGAGAGAGCGAAAUCCAAAGUCCUCGGCUUCGCCCCGAUCCUGAAGUGGCUGCCUCAAUACCAGCUCAGGGAGUGGCUCCUGGGGGAUAUGAUGUCUGGAAUGAUUGUAGGGAUCCUGUUAGUCCCCCAGUCCAUAGCGUACUCCCUCCUGGCCAGUCAGGACCCCAUAUACGGCCUCUACACAUCCUUCUUCUCCUCCAUCAUCUACACCUUCCUGGGCACCUCCAAACACAUCUCAGUUGGGAUUUUCGGGGUGCUCUGCCUGCUCGUGGGUCAGGUGGUGGACAGGGAGCUAGCUCUGGCGGGGUACCUCACAGAGACCAGCAGCUUCAGCGGGAACGGCAGCGGCGUCCUGCUGGCCGGCUCGGGGAAUCACAGUGUUGGGAUGGAGUGUGACAGAAGCUGCUACGCGAUUACAGUGGGAGCUACAGUCACCUUCACAGCAGGAGUCUACCAGGUGAUCAUGGGUAUCUUCCAGAUCGGCUUCGUCUCCGUCUAUCUCUCCGACUCGCUUCUCAGCGGUUUCGCCACGGGAGCCUCCCUGACCAUCCUCACUUCCCAAGUCAAGUAUCUCCUGGGUCUGAAGAUCCCCCGACCUCAGGGCUGGUUCACUCUCUUUAAGACGUGGUACAGCCUCCUCAGCAACCUGGGAAACACCAACAUUUGUGACCUGGUGACGAGUUUGGUGUGUUUGCUGGUACUGAUCCCCACCAAGGAGCUCAAUUACCGCUUCAAAUCCAAGCUGAAGGCUCCGAUCCCCUUCGAGCUCUUCGUGGUGAUCAUCGCGACCCUAGCUUCUCAUUUCGGCCACUUCAACGCCGACUACGCAUCAAGCGUGGCCGGUACCAUCCCGACGGGCUUCCUCCCUCCCAAAACGCCCAUGUGGUCUCUGAUCCCCAACGUGGCCGUGGACGCCUUCUCCAUCGCCAUCGUGGGCUUCGCCAUCACCGUCUCUCUGUCCGAGAUGUUUGCCAAGAAGCACGGCUACACGGUGGACGCCAACCAGGAGAUGUACGCCAUCGGCUUCUGCAACAUCCUGCCGUCGUUCUUCCGCUGCUUCACCACCAGCGCCGCACUGACGAAGACGCUGGUGAAGGAGUCGACGGGGUGCCAGACUCAGGUGUCCGGGCUGGUCACUGCUCUCGUCCUGCUGCUGGUGCUUCUGGUUAUUGCACCGCUCUUUUAUUCCCUUCAGAAAUGCGUGUUAGCCGUCAUCAUCCUGGUUAACCUCCGAGGAGCCCUCCGAAAGUUCACCGACAUCCCCCGCAUGUGGCGCGUCAACCGCGUGGAUGCAUCCAUCUGGUUGAUCACCAUGGCCACCUCAGCGCUCAUCAACACAGAGCUCGGUCUACUGGUGGGGGUUCUGGUGUCGGCUUUCUGCGUCCUGGGCCGGACUCAGCAGGCCCAGGUGCUGGAGCUCGGUCAUGCUACGACCAGGGAGCAUUACGAGGACCUGUCGUCUUACCGCGGCCUCCAGACUCACCCAGGAGUGGCUGUUUUUAGAUAUGAAGCUCCCAUUUACUACGCCAACAAGAGCUUGUUUAAAAAGUCUCUUUAUAAGAGUGUCGGCCUCAAUCCUGUGGAGGAGAAAACCCAACGCAUCAAGUUCACGAAGAAGAACAAACCGCUCAGAGAGGUGGAAGGAGUCCAGAAUAUGAAGGAGUCUGCAGGGAAAGAGGACCGAGUCGAGGCCGGUGAGGUCGUCACUCUGAUGCUGAAUAAUAAACCCAACAGCUUACGCAGCGUGGUCAUCGACUGCAGCGCCAUCUUGUUUUUGGACACGGCUGGAGUGAACGCUCUGACGGAGGUCCGUAAAGACUACGGGGAAGUUGGGAUCAAGGUUGUCCUGACUCAGUGUCGAGCUACGGUCCUGGACGAUCUGGAGAGAGGAGGAUACUUUGACGAAAAGGGUCCUGAUGGAGGAGAGAACAAAACCAGGUUUUUCACCAUCGCAGACGCCGUCAGCUACGUCCAAAGCCUUUCAGCUCCAAACGGAGACUGUGACGGCGCGCACUGAAGCGGUCUGUCCAAAGAGUUCUCCGAUGUGCCUUGUGAUGCUUCAGUGGUGCUGAAGUCCCUUCGGAGUGUAAUCCUGCAGCCGUGCAGCAGGAAGUUCUGCUCGAGGGGAAAAAAUUGAACUUUUAAAAGUUGAUUCUGUUCUCAGUUUGAGGAACAUUUUUAUUUUUGCACAAAAAAGAGAGGGUGUGACUUAUUGACAGUCACAUCCUGACUCCAGUUCCCAAAGAGAGUUUUAACGGCUGGACGGUUCAGCCUCGUUUCAAAGGUGCUGUAAAAUAUAUUAACGUGUCACA